UUUCUAAGAUCUUAGUCUCAAUUUUUGAAGUUGCUGAAUUUCUCUCUGUCAGAUCUUAUACUCAGUUGAACACUAGAAGGAAUCAAGGACGGAACAAAAUGGUGGCUGCCACAGUGGGUGUCAGAAAUUUUAAGGUUUAUGUGGAAAGUGAAGAGGUUAAAGACGAUGCCAAAAUCAUUGGAAGAAAAUCUGUUACUGUUAACAAAGGAGCUAAUCUAACUAUGGCACAGGGUGGUUUGAAUAAUAUGGAGAAGAGCAAAGGCAAAGUUGUUAGUACUGCAAGUAAAAUUGUUAGAAGAAAAGCAUUGGCUGAUGUCAGCAAUGUCCAGGUCAUCUCUUCAAGGAAUGUAGUGCGUGAUGGCCCUAAGCUAAUGAAAGGUAAAAGUGAGGGAACAACAUGUUUGCAAAGGGUUUCACUGGGUUCAAGCAGAAGCAUUAUGAAUGACUCGUCGAGGAAAUCUUUUAUGGAAAAAGUGCAGGAACAUGUAAGUCAAGGUGUUGGUGACAUACAUACUUCCAAGAGAGAUGGUAACAGGGACAAGACCAUGGGUCAAAGCUGUGUUGUUACAAAUGGCAGGACUUCUACAAGGAAUUAUCUUUUGUCAAACAGGAAGUCUUUGCCGGUGCUAAAAAGGGUGAACCAGACAGAUGCAAGUAUCCCAAAGGAAAAUGCUGGAAGUUCUGACAAGGGCAAAGAAAAGAGUGGAUAUUUAGUUGGUAAAGCUGGCAAGAAAGUAGCAUCCCGGGUAAACAGUGGUAGGAGCCAUCUUUGGAAGAAUCGAGCAAGUGAUGGCUUCAUAAUAAUGGGUGAAACUAACGUCGAGGCUCGUGCAUUGCCAAGAAAAUCUGUCAGGCCAAUUGUGAAGACUACACUCCAGGCUACCCAAGCUCGAAGGACUUCAAAAUCCAAGAACACAUCAGAUCUUAAAAAACAGAGAUCUGUUGCUGCAAUCUCAUCCAAGAACAAGGAGGAUGCUGUGGCAUCUUCUCUUCCUGAGAAUAUUGCAAUAGUGGUUCCCCAUGAAGCCGCUCAAGGACAGCUUUCAUCUGAUGCUGAUGGCAAUCCAAGGACUGUAUCAGAUAUCAUUGCCAGGAGGAAAUCAGAUCGGAGGAGAUCUUAUACAUCUUCCUUGAUGGCUAGAUCAAAGUUACUAGAGAAAUGUGGUGAAGUUAUGAAGAUGGAAAAGCUACCAAGUAUUGAUGACUAUCGCAAUCAACUGGAAGUCGCUGAAUAUGUUGAUGAGAUUUAUCAGUACUAUUGGGUAACAGAGGCAUAUAAUCUGUCUUUAGCAAAUUACAUGUCGAUUCAGACAAACAUUACAGCCCAUAUGCGAGGCAUAUUGAUCAACUGGUUAAUUGAGGUGCACUUCAAAUUUGAUUUAAUGCAAGAAACUCUAUAUCUCAUGGUGACAUUGUUAGACAGAUAUCUCUCACAAGCUACUAUAAAGAAAGAUGAACUGCAGUUGGUUGGCCUUACUGCACUCUUGCUGGCAUCAAAAUACGAGGACUUUUGGCAUCCUAGGGUCAAGGAUUUAAUUAGUAUCUCGGCUGAGUCGUACACAAGAGACCAAAUGCUUGCAAUGGAGAGACUUGUUCUUAAGCAAUUGAAGUUUCGUCUUAAUGUGGCUACUCCUUACGUGUUUAUGUUACGGUUUCUCAAGGCUUCUCAGUCAGACACAAAGCUUGAACACCUGGCAUUCUACCUCAUUGAGCUCUGCUUAGUUGAAUAUGAAGCUUUGAAGUUUAAGCCCUCAUUGCUGUGUGCAUCAGCUGUCUAUGUUGCAAGGUGUACCCUCCACAUGACUCCAGCUUGGACCCCCCUGCUUUGCAAACACGCCCGCUAUGAAGAAUCCCAGCUCAGGGAUUGUGGGGAGAUGAUCUUAAGAUUCCAUAAAGCUGCUGGAACAGAACGCUUGAGAGUCACAUACGAGAAGUACACAAGGCCUGAUCUCAGUUGUGUUGCAGCAAUAACAGCUUUAGAUAGGCUUCCUCUUUGAUUUGACGUGUGGAUAACCUCUCUCUCUCUCUGUAAUUAGAUCAUCAAACCUAAUGCUCUACUGGAAAGUGUGGAAGGUGAGGAUCUUUUGUUCGAUACUCUGCUUUUCAUCACUUGUGCAAAUCUCAAAACCCACUUUUUUCUCGUCCAAGUCUUGGAGGAAAAAUAUAGUCAAUUGUAAACUCAUAGUGAUUUUACAUCUCCGCUGGUUGUUAAUCUUGGACAUGCUCCAUAUUAUUUCUUGGAAACGCCUUGAUUUGCCAGCUGCUGCUCAUGUAUUGUGAUUGUUAUUUCUGUUUUGCCUUUUGAUGUUGUAAAUUUGGUGUUGGUGUCCA